GCAUUGAUUUCCGCCUAAAGGUCUGUUUAGUCCUCCAGCGGCAGGGGGCGCACAUUUUACUUAUUUCCGCUGAGCGGGUUAGAGGUCAUUUAUUUGGCCUGGGUCAGCACCAUAGAGAUUUAUUUCUCUUUAUAGGGCUCUGGCAUUGGGAUGGAUGCGGGAGAGUGAAACCAUGAAGGACGUAUGAAAAGAAAAGUGUUAGCUUUAAUAAAUAUAACAAGAGACUCUCUUCACCUGUAAGACCUACACAUUCUUGAGGAGCGGUUGCUGCUGCUCGACGCCAGCUGGAGCGUGAUGCGUCCGGAGCAGCACGGCGCGAGACUCGCCCCGGCAGAUUCCACCCCUGGAUGGAGCCUGAUGUGCACCAACCCGCUGCGGGGCCCCGCCCAGACCGCCGGCUCUGCUCGUUUCUUCUGCUCUCUGUUCCCCAGGGUCCAUGCGGCGGAUGUGGGUGCGCAGCCGCCCCCCUCGUCGUCCUUGUCCUCCGCCAGUCCUGCUCCUCCUGUACCUGCGCCCCAACGCUGGGCCCUGCCAAGUAACAUCGGCAAGCCGGAGUUUCCAGACACGGGGUGGAAGCGCAUCCAGGAGCUCUUCGACUUCGAUAAGUCUAAUAGGUACCCCGAGGAACUCGUCAACCUCUUUAAGCUGAGUGUUCUCAGUGCCGUCACCGGCUUCUCGCACGGCGGCCUGAUGGGUGCUCGAGUCUACAGGAAGAAUUACAUCAAGGCCAGCCAGGCGGAGGUCUACACGAGUCGCAUGGAGGCUGUGCAAAUGGCUCAAAACGCAGCCGUCCGUGGGUUUCUGCGUUACGGCUGGAGGUGGAGCUGGAGGUUUACUCUGAUCACCACUCUGUUCGGAUCCGUCACCGCCGGACUGUCCGUGUACCGGGACAAAGAGGCCAUGAUUCAUUAUUUAGUUGGUGGAGCCGUCGCAAUGGGCCUUUACAGGAUCCACCUGGGCCUCAGAGGUUUGGUGGCAGGAAGCGUCCUCGGUGUGAUCCUGGGGGCUCCUGCCGGUGCUAUGUUCAUCGGCCUGCAGAAAUUCAGCGGCGAAACUUGGUGUGAGAGGAGGAAGAGAGAGCGCAGAGAGGUGUACGAGCUCAGGCUUCAAGAGUGGGCGGCCCGACUGGAGUUGACAGACGAGCUGAUCUCCAGUCUGAACGUCAUCUCUGAGGAAGAGCAAACCGUCAAAGACCUGCAGAGGGUCCAGGCGCUGCUCAGUUUACCUCGGAACGCCGGGGAAAGCCCGGUCUCGAGCCCGGUCUCGAGCAGCUGAAGCUCUUGUGAGGCGUCUGCUGGACUUGAACAGUCGGAUUUGGAUCAGGUGAAGACGGAAAGAAACCGUGUUUGUCUGGAUUCGAGUUCUUCAAAAUCCCCCCCACCAAAGUACAUUCAAAUCCUUGACAAUGUAGUUAUAAAU